AUGGCUUUCCAGCAGGACGUACGCUUUGAUGCCACAGCCGCCAGCGCCCACAGGCGCUAUCAAAGCGACCCCACAGCAGCACCACCAACCCGCACGAAUCUCACCACCAGCGAAGUGAUAGACCUCUGGGAGCACGCCAGCCUCCUCUUCGCGACAUACGAGUGGACAGGGGCGGAGAUAUUGUUCCGCAGAAUCAUCCGCCGAACCGACGAAAGCACACUGCCGAAUCGUGCGUGUCUCUGGUCGUCGCUCGGGCUCGUAUACUACCACUCAGGCGAAGACUGGCGCGCGUACGAGGUAUUCCGCAAGGCGGUGAUGAUGGAGCCGCGGAAUCCAAUAUUCCUCUUCCUGGCAGGCACGGCGGCCUUUGAGGUCCGCGACUACGGCAGCGCGUACGCGCAUUUCACGGCCGUGGAUAAAGCGCUUCGACGUCUCCAGGUCGAGUCUUUUUGUUGUCAGCCGCUCGGCCUAGACUUCCUUCUCACAAGCAGCCGGAAUUUUCACAACCAACGGUCGGCCUGGUUCCGCUACGUCAACGUGCAGAUCGGGGCGCCAAUACCGGGUGAAGAGUAUGCUUGGGGCACAACACAGCGACUACCGGCAGGCUUGAUCUUUCAACCUCGGCCGAUCCAGGAUGUCAGGUACGACGUGCCGGCGGGAGAGCCACGCACCUCUUUCGAGCCAUGGAACAGUCCGCAGAUUGUGAGAUAA